AUGGCCUUGCAGAGUUCGUCGCCGCAGCCGUCGAUUUUCAGGAAGAAGUCGACCCCCGCCAUGUCCACUGCCGCCUCCUACCUCUCCGCUGUCUCCGAGGCCGACGCCCGCGCCCGCGCCCACGGGGGCUCGCCCAACUCGACCCCCGCCCUCUCCCUGUCGAGCUCCGUCACGACGAGCAGCUCCGACACGGUUCUGGAAGAUCCCGGCGCCGAAUUCGAAGAUGCGCUGUCGUACCCGCGCAACCCGCCCACCAGCGAGCAGGUCUUCACGACGGUGCACUCCGAGUUUGGCCACUGCGCCAACGAGAGCUAUCGCUAUACCAGUCAGCACAAGACCGGCACGCCCUACCGCAGCUACCCCGAGCAGGACCCGCCCUACUAUAUCCUCCUCACUACAUACCUCAGCUACCUCAUGGUUAUCUGCCUCGGGCACCUGCGCGACUUCGUUGGCAAGCGCUUCAGGAGGUCUGCGUACAGGCAUCUCCUAGCACACGAUGGUUACGCAGCGCUCAACUCCGACUUCGACUCCUUUUAUACCCGGCGGCUCAAGACCCGCAUUGACGACUGCUUCUCGCACCCUGUCACCGGUGUUCCCGGGCGGACGAUCAUGCUGCUCGACCGCUACUCACCAGACUACAAUGUCACCAUGUUCCCGAGCGGCACACGCACGCGCGGGCUGAACAUCUCCUCUUACAACUAUCUCGGUUUCGCUCAGGCCCGCGGUGGGUGCGCCGACGCGGUGGAGGCGUGCAUCAACCGGUACGGUGUUUCACCGUGCGGGACGCGUCUCGAGGGUGGAGGACUCGAUGAUAUGCAGCAUGGGCUUCGCGACGAACUCGACGGUCAUCCCCGCCUCGUCGGCAAAGGCAGCCUUGUCAUCUCGGACGAGUUCAACCACGCAUCGAUCCGGUGGGGCGUGCGUGUGAGCGGCGCGAACGUGCGGACGUUCAAGCAUAAUAACAUGAAGUCGCUCGAGAACCUGCUGCGGGAGGUGAUCAGCCAGGGUCAGCCGAAGACGCACCGACCGUGGAAGAAGAUCCUCGUUAUCGUGGAGGGGCUAUUCUCGAUGGAGGGCACGCUUGCGAACCUUCCGGUGAUCAUGGAGCUCAAGAAGAAGUACAAGUUCUAUCUCUUCGUAGACGAGGCACACUCCAUCGGCGCUCUCGGCCCGCACGGUCGCGGUGUUGCGGACUACUUCGGUAUCAACCCGCGGAACAUCGACAUCCUCAUGGGCACGUUCACGAAGUCGUUCGGUGCGGCUGGAGGAUACAUCGCUGGCUCGAAGGCGCUCGUUGACAGGCUGCGUCUCCGCGCGCACACGGGGACGUACACGGAGGCGAUGACCCCGCCGGUGCUCAUGCAAGUUAUCGCGUCUAUGGCCAGCAUCAUGGGUAUCUCGCCCACCCC